CCGCCCGCGCCGCCCAGCGCAGUCGCGGUGCGGGGCGGCCCGAGGGGAACUCAAGGAGAGCGGCGGCCGCCGCCGCCAUGCCCGGCUCCGUGCAUGUGCCCUCCUUGGAGGAGCUGGAUGUGCAGGAGGUGUCGGUCAGCUCGGCCGUGCUGAAGGCCGCUGCCCAUCACUACGGCUCGCAGUGCGACCGCCCCAACAAGGAGUUCAUGCUGUGCCGCUGGGAGGAGAAGGACCCUCGGAAGUGCCUGCAGGAGGGCCGGCAGGUCAACCAGUGCGCCCUCGACUUCUUCAGGAAGAUCAAGGCACACUGUGCAGAGCCCUUCACUGAGUACUGGACCUGCAUUGAUUACACCAACUUGUUGGAGUUCCGUCGGUGCCGAAAGCAGCAGGCAGUGUUUGAUAACUGUGUGCUGGAGAAGUUAGGCUGGGUGAGACCUGAUCUGGGAGAGCUCUCUAAGGUUACAAAAGUGAAGACAGACCGUCCUUUGCCUGAGAAUGCCUAUCACUCUAGACCUAGACCAGAGCCAAAUCUGCCCAUUGAAGGAGAGCUGAAGCCUUCUCCCUUUGGCAGUAGGCUCUUCUUCUGGUCCUGGUAAAAUGGGCAGACUGUGCUCUGACUGGAGCACAAAGACUUUAUGUUUGCAGAUGUAAAGUGUCCAGGAUGUGUUUGGUAUAACUUUAAUCAUUAAAGAACCCCAAACCAUUA